UGAGGAUGAGACAGCACCAGGAGGGGGAAAAAGCUCUUUGCCCCAGUACCACACUGUGACCACAAUGCCUAGUGUCCCCCAACAACACCUUGUCACGGCCACGGUGAACAACACAACUGCCAUUGCCAUGGUCCAGCAGCAGAAACACCACCAGCAGCAACAGGGCCAGACCUACACCACUAUGCUACCUGGGUCACCACCUACUACAGGACUUUCAGCAAUGGCUCUUGGUCCCUCAAAUAGCCCCUUACUGGAAGGCCCCAUGCCUUGCUCCACCUUCUUGCCUCGUCACGACCGCAGACUGGCUGUGGUCGAUCGCUGGAACCGGCCAAAAACGGAGAAAGCCAUGAGUGGAAGUAGUAGCGGAGGAGUGGGUAUUGGAGGAAUUGCAGGAGGGAUCACGGAGCUCCAGGCCCAACAGCAGUAUCAGCAAAACCUCGAGCAACACUGGAGCCUACAGAGGGGGGUUGCAGGUGACACAGGGCUAAAUGAAUAUAAACGUUACUAUGGUCCUAUAGAUCCCGAGGGGCUAGGAGCUAAUACAGAACAACAAGUAGGGGGCCUUCAGCAAACUCCCAAAGCAAAUCCUCGAGGUCUUAAAUCCUCAGGGAUGCCACGACUGCCUACAAAAGGUCCGCAACAAGGCCAAGGGCACCUAAUCCCCAAGCCUCCUCCCCAAAUCCUCCCAUCUUCUCCACGAAGGCCUCCCUUCUGGCGACGAGGAAGCCUCGCUCAAGCACGGAGAAAAGGUUCAGGAGGUCCUCUCUAUGAGAAUAUACUCCCUCUGGGGAGGCGGGGAGGUGGAAGAUACGGUGCAAGUGAUGGAGGCGGAAGAAGGGGCCGUCGGCCCCCUCCACCUCUUCCUCUUCCAGUCCCCCUUUCCUCCCCAACACAUACUCCGACCACUCCCUCUUCUCCAUGUCGGUUCUACUCGUCUUGCUCUAGUGCCUCUUCUUCCUCUUCCUCCUCCUCAUCUUCGUCGUCUUCUUCAUCCUCUGCAUCACUUUCUAGAUCAAAUUCCCCCUCUUCUUGUUCCAGCGAUAGCACAUACAACUCUUCACUGAGUUUCCGCUAUCGAGCAGGGAAUCGCGAUCUUACAGUAGAUGAUGAAUAUGACUCAGAUCUUCUCACCGAGGAGUCGAGCCUCCUUCUGGGAAGGAAGAGGAUUCGCUCACGGCGCAUGUCAUCCCGCUCCCUGCCAUGCAGCCCACCACCUCCUCCGGUCCCGCCUCGAAAGCCACGUCCGCUAAGGGAAUACGGCAGAGAGAGGACCAGCAGCCAGCUGGCCCAGUUGCAGGAGUGGUGGGCGUCGUGGGGGGACAGAGACCGAGAGAGGGGUGGGACGACAGGCCAAGGGAACGCAGGACUGAGCAGAGAGGAGAGGAGGCACCACAAAGAGCGAGAGCGAGAGAGGAAGAGGAGGAAGAAGGGCCGAAAAAAGAAGAAGCGGGAGGAGAGGGAGCGAGAAAGAGAACGAAAACGCCGCAAAGCAAAGAAGAAGCGAAAGAAAGAUGAUAAAGUGAAAAAGAGGGAGCAAAAGCGGUCGGAGCAGGAGGGUGGAGAGAUUGAAAAAAGAGAGGAGCUCAAAUCAGGGACACCUGACUUCCCAUCAUACCCACCUUUGAGACAAGAGUCGUUUCGUAAAAAGAGUGAGAGCUCAGUCAGAAGCUACGGAUGGAACAUCCCGGUUGAAGAUGAGAGGAAGGAAAGAGAAGACAAAAUGAGGGAUGGUGGAGAAGACGUCAGAGGAAAAGAAAGACACUGCAGGCGAAGAAACAGCAAGCACUAUCACAGCUCUAGCAGAGGAAGAGUAAAAGUUCAGACAGAGAUGCUGCGGGAGUAGAAGGAGAGAAGAGACCAUUGUUGGGACGUAAUGAAAGAGCGUCAUCUGCACCGGGGGCGGUCCCGGCCUCCUCCAUGGCUUCGGCAAGUGCCAAACUGCAGUACCAGAGACUACGCUCUGUGCCCCAGCCCCAGAGAUACCCUCAGUCUCCUCACUUACCC